UGGAGCUUACCAUUAAUUUAUUGAUCUGGUUAAUAUCUACUCUAGUCAGUUCAACGGGUUAGUAGAAAGUAUAGUGACGAGAUUCAAGCUUACUCUGGCGAAAUCUGGACAGUUGUGGAGAAAGUAUUUUGACGUUUCCACCUCAUCUUUCUCACUGCAACUUUAACAAGUUGUGUUCUCAAAAAUCUUUAGUCUCAUCGGAUGACAGUAUUCACCAAUAGUACCGUAUUCACUUAGAACGCCUAUUACGACAUUAUGAGCCUUGCUAAAAGCUAGCUGUUCAGUGGACUUUCAUGUUUCGCAAUCCGCAAAGUUCUGGUUGCUGACCAAGAUUUGUUGAGCUCGCGUGACGCCCAUAGAUCCAGUGCCCGAAUACGCGAAGACAGGAGAACCCCUGCUCAUUCCUAUCCUAAUGGAAUUAGGGUAUUGGUGUCUUCUUGGAGUUGGAGAUACUUUGAAGCUUUGCUGGUGAGGUCCGUGCCUAGCUACACUGUCAGCGAGCUGUCUGUCUGUGUAGAUGCGACCUUUAUGUCGCCAACCUUACACACGAGGCCUCUUAAUACAACCCGCUAAAACAGUACUUAAUUACCUUUUGCGCAUAUAUGGUGAUAAAUCAGGCAAAAUUGAGAUUCCACCCGAACCCACAACAUGCUGCAUGUCUGGUUGUGCUAAUUGCGUUUGGAUCGAAUAUGCAGAGACUUUGUCAAAACUUUUCGAAGGUAACGACGAAAAGGCGCGACAAAUUAUAUUAAGUAAAAUAACAGAUCCGAAUUUGAAAAUGUUUUUAAGUAUGGAGUUGAAAAAUAUUGCACAAAGCAAAGCCGUACAAAGCAGUACAAGUACUUCGAAAAAGGAUCAAUAGCCGCUAUGGAAUAUAUUAGAUAAAUUUUUGCCUUCCCCUCUGGUUAACAAUAACCUUAAUAUAUUUAUAUGCUAUACAAAUUAAGUGCAAAAUAAAAUAGUUUAGAUAUACAAAUGAAA